AGCUGCACCCGCUGGCAACACACUGUAGUUCGUCCGCUUGUCCCCCCUCCCGCCUUGUGCGCCCCCCUGCCCCCUGACAAAGGGCUGCCUUCCAUGUACCGUGGACCGACAAUCUUCUUCUUCUUCUUCUUCCAAAUUUGCAUCCUUUUCCCUCAUCCCGCGCAUUCCCAGCAUCCGACCUCCUCGACGCCUAAUCUUCGCCACCUCUCCCCGGCGCUGACCCUCGAAACCUGUUUUACCUUCAACGAGCGCCGUCUAAUAACUUGCGCACGCCUAGGGACCACGACCACUGCCUUUAUCCUCAGAGCCAUCUCCUCCUUAUUCUCUCGCCUCUGACAAACAGUCAUCUCGGCGCUUAUUGCCCACAGCAUCUUGUCCAGCAUCUUUCUAAAGCAAGCAUCCUCAACUCUUAGAUCCGUCGCACUCACAUAUUUCGCCAACCAUGUCAAGACAGCCUCGCAACUCGGGGCCCGUUACUCCUGCAGCUCCUGCUGCGCGCAUGAACGAAUACUUUGUCCCUCGUGAUGGUAUCGACAGAGAAGUCAUUUCAGCUGAUAUUUGCCGCUACCUUGGUAACGAUGCGCUCGUUCGCCCAGGUCACUACGAGAACCCACAGACUGGCCAGAACGUUCAGGGCUAUUACAUCACAGCGUACCGCAAUCUUACAACAGCAAUGAUUGAAGACUUGAAAGCAGAUUCUGCACGAUGGGACAGCGAACGCCGAUCACAGUCCACGCGCAACGCAAGCGCACCUGGAGGGCAAUAUCGUUACUCGGAGACACAUAACUCGCGCCAAAACCUUGGCCCGACCUCGGAUACUCCGCAGCAGUUCCAGCAGGAUGGCUAUGACCGCGAUCCCUCCUACGAUGCCCCCAAGUACCCAGGAACCGGUGGAAAUGGAUAUGCCGGUGCCUCGCCUUCUUACCCCCAGCGAGAUGCGCACCCACAAGCUUCUGGCUACAUGCCGCCCAGUGGCGGCAAUUAUGGGGGCUAUAGCCAAAAUCCAAACCAAAACCAAGGACCUCCGACCCAGGAUAUGAGAUACGCCCAACAUUCCGGACCCAUGAUGAACCAAGGAUUUCAAGCCCAGGAUACGGCUCCAUACAUUGCCACCGGAACCAAUAUGCCCGCCAGCAGGAAUUUCCAGGGAGAUAGCUACAAUAACCAGCGCACAUCUGUGUCUUCGGUGCACAUUCCCCAGCCUACGUACGCUGCUCCUGUCCAAGGGCACCAGUCGUACAACUCUCCGGCUUCUCAGCACCACCCGCAAGCUCAUCCAGUAGACGUAGGGUAUGGACGAGGUAAGCAUCUUCAUACUCCUGUCUCGGCUGGCCUGUUUGCUUUCAGCGCCUAGCUUAACGUAAUCUGACCAAAUCCUAAGCUUCUCCCGCAGGCCCUCAACAGGGAUAUCCCCAAACCCCUCAGUACGAUGACGCACCUGCUCCUCCUCCUUCGCGUAGCACAGCUUCACCUUCCCACAAUACGCCAUCCUCAGGCGCUGGAAAUGACCGCCGGAAUGAACGUGAACAUGGGCGACUGUCCUCAGAUAGGCAUCAGCGGCCGCCGCCUCGACGCUGAUGGACCAGAGGCAAAAAACAAAAGAUAUGUUGCACCGCGGCACGGUGAGAUUCUCGCAACAAGUUAUCUUUCGCAGUCAUGGAUCCAUUGUGACCUUGUCCGUGUAUACCACUCCUGGAAAUUCUGUCUUUUUGCGUGGGAUAUCACGCCUUGGCUCUUUUCUUACAUCCGCCGGAUGUUGAUCUACAACCUACUUUGGAUACUCAACUCUUGACUGCCUGUCUGUCCGGUAGCUUCUUACCACCUCACUCUGGACCGCUACUGCUCUUUGUGGAUAAUUCCUUUUUUAUUGUGUUUUUGUGUCUGGACCGAUUACACAUAAUGCUUAACGAAUACGUAUACUCUAACAUGGGUUGGCAACCCGCCAAUACCACCUGGAUCUCAUCUAUAUUCCGACAUUUUUGGUGCUACUUCUGAAAAAUGGACCGCUUUUCCCUCUGGUUGUUUCUAUCUUACCGCAAACCAUACACUUGUUUGUUUUUUGUUUUCUUUUUUCUUGCACGGGUCACGAUAAAAAGAAGUGACGGACAUAAUUCAUGAGACUUUGGCGCAUUUGUUUGGGGAGCAUACUUUUUACGUGGAGGGGGACUACGGAAAUUGUUGCUCAUGACCUCACACACGUUCUGACCGCGGACCUUGGCCACCUGGUUGAAUCAGAUCAGAUUUGGUGGGAUAUGUUUUCUUUUUUGGCACAUACCCUACCUUUUCCUGUCUGGUUUGUCUCGUUUUUACAUGAUGGCAGCAUUGGCCAAUGUCGGCGGGCCGUGGCGGCAGCUUGUGUACAUCUCGUCAAUUAUAUCAUCAAGCUCCUCCUUAGAUUUGUCUUGCUUUUCUUGUCAUACUUGCGCUGGCUUCACCUUGAUGGUGAAUAAUAGAAUUUUUUGCGUCCCAAUUUGCCAAGAUGUAAUAGUUCCAACGCUUAUUCCGAUAUAAUGGAGAUUAGAGUUUGGUAGCGGCAGCGCUAGAAAUGGCGUUAGAUCGUAGCCGCUGCGGCAAGAAAGAGCGGUGACGACGUUUGCUAAUGCAGUACGUAGAUGGCCAGAGCAAUAGUACUAAUGGUUCAUAGCUCUCCAAUCAUGUUGAGACCUUUUCAUUGCUAUCAACUGCCUGAGCCCUAGCAUCUAUAAGUGCAUUGGGAUGAGGGGGAACAAUAGUUUUUCCACGCACAUCUGAUG